AUGGUUGAAGCAGCUUUAUCACGACAAGAAAAUGUUCCUGGCACAGAACAAAGUGAAAGAGUAACUGACUUCACAGUAUUGCAGAAUGUUCUGUCAGAGCGAAACGAGGACUUUCAGAAUCCAGAACAAAGUGAGACAGUAACUAACUUCACAGUAUUGCAGAAUGUUCUGCCAGAACGAAACCAGGAUUUUCAGAACCCAGAACAAAGUGAGACAGUAACUAACUUCACAGUAUUGCAGAAUGUUCUACCAGAACGAAACGAGGACUUUCAGAAUCCAGAACAAAGUGAGACAGUAACUAACUUCACAGUAUUGCAGAAUGUUCUGCCAGAACGAAACCAGGAUUUUCAGAACCCAGAACAAAGUGAGACAGUAACUAACUUCACAGUAUUGCAGAAUGUUCUACCAGAACGAAACGAGGACUUUCAGAGUAAGUUGAAAGCUCAUUUCAAUACCUAUAGUUCGUUCAGUACUAUGCUAUUAACAUUAAUUAACAUUACUAAGACUAGCGUUGAUUUUCAGGCCCAGAACAAUGUGAAACAGUAACUGACUUAACAGUAUUGCAGAAUGUUUUGUCAGAGCGAAACGAGGACUUUCAGAGUAAGUGGAAAGCUCAUUUCAAUAACUAUAGUUUGUUCCCUAUUAUGCCAUUAACAUUACUAAGACCAGCAUUUGAUUUUCAGACCCAGAACAACGCGAAACAGUGACUGACUUUACAGAAGGUUCAAAAGGAGCAGAUUCAGAUCAAUCAUUUGUAAACAAAGAGCCUAGCGUAUCACAUACUAUUCAGGAGACAUCACAGUCUUCAUUAUCGUCAUGUUAUGUCUCCAACAGCGACAAAGACGACGAACCGUGUUCUCUAGAAACGAGAAGAGUGUUGAGUCGGACACAAACCAAUGAAAAUGUUGCUGUAACUACUGAAGAGAGCUCGACUAGAAAACGCAAAAGAAACCCAAAAGAUUGGAAAAGAAACAAGCAGAAAAAACUAAGAAUGAUGGGAAAAGAAUUCGAGAACCGAGCUGGAAGGAAAAUACCUGCUAAAACGCUGACACCAGUCAACUGCAAAUGUCAUUAUAAAUGCAAUGAUAAAAUAUCCCACGAAAACAGAAAGAAAGUACUCGAAGAAUA